AUGUCAAUCACAGUUGGAAUUGCUGGUAUCACUGGCAAAUUUGCCCGUCUGGUCCUGAAGCAUCUUCUCGCCUCACCGGAUAUCCAAAUUCGCGGACUAUGCCGCAAUGUUUCGAAGCUUCCUGAGAGUCUCCGCCACUCACCUCGAAUGACUAUUUUCCAAGGCGAAUCCACUGAUUUUGACACUCUGCGUAAAUUUGUCCACGGCUGUGAUGUUGUGAUCUGCUGCUACCUCGGAGACAACACUCUCAUGACCGAGGGUCAGAAGUUGCUUGUUGAUGCGUGUGAAUUGGAGAAGGUCGACCGCUACAUUGCCAGUGACUAUAGUGUGAACUUCCCGAAUCUGGAAUAUGGCCAGCUUCCCGCGAAGGACCCAAUGAAGCAUGUCAUGGCAUACUUGAAAGAAAAGAAAGAUGUUCAGGGUGUUCAUAUCCUGAUUGGUAUUUUCAUGGAAACAUUCUGGAGUGGAUACUUUGGCAUGUGGAAGCCAGAGGAGUGCAAGCUCUCGUUGUACGGGAAUGGUGAUGACAUCUGGGAGUCUACAACUUAUGAUACUGCUGCUCAGUAUGUGGCUGCUGUGGCGAGAGAUCCAAACGCAGUUGGCGUACUGCAAUUCCUCGGUGAUCGGAGAACAACUCGAGAGAUUGCGGAUGACUUCGCCGAAGUAUAUGGAAAGAAGCUUGAGCUUGACUUGCUAGGAUCUCUCGAUGACCUCUACAGCACCAUGCAUGCAACGUACAAGCAAGAUCCCUCGAACAUCUUUGCCUACCUUGCAAUGUUUUACCAAUACUACUGCCUAAACGGUCAAACCUACUUGAAGAAGGAUUUGGACAAUUCUAAGUACCCUGAUAUUACCCCGACCACCUUCAAGAAGUUCUUCCAGUCCCAGAAAUUGGAAGAACUGGGUGACUCAUACCAGAAUCCAGGCUCUAAUGUUUAG